ACGAGCGGCGACGGCCCCGCUAACACUCGCGAUGGCGUCGGUAGCCGCGUGGCUGCCGUUCGCCAGAGCCGCGGCCAUCGGGUGGGUCCCCAUCGCCACCCACCCGCUACCGCCCCCACCCGUCCCCAAAGACAGACGCCGCGCUGAAGACGAAAAACUCCUCAUCAACGUCUCCGGACGAAGAUUCGAAACAUGGCGGAACACCCUCGAAAAAUACCCCGACUCGCUACUAGGUUCCACCGAGCGCGAGUUCUUCUACGAUGAAGACAGUCGCGAGUACUUCUUCGACAGGGAUCCCGAUAUCUUUAGGCACAUACUCAAUUAUUAUAGAACGGGGAAACUGCAUUACCCCAAACACGAGUGCUUGACUGGGUACGACGAGGAGUUGGCGUUCUUCGGUAUCCUCCCAGAUGUUAUUGGGGACUGUUGUUAUGAGGACUACAGGGAUAGGAAAAGGGAGAAUGCGGAGAGACUUAUGGAUGACAAGCUCAGCGAGGCGGGAGACCAAAGCUUGCCCCAGCUGACGGAUCUGCGGCAGAAGAUGUGGCGGGCGUUCGAGAACCCCCACACGUCGACUGCCGCCUUAGUAUUUUAUUAUGUGACUGGAUUUUUCAUUGCCGUUUCUGUGAUGGCCAAUGUGGUGGAGACGGUUCCGUGCGGGCACAGGCCGGGUCGGGCGGGGACCCUGCCGUGUGGUGAGCGGUACAAAAUCGUGUUCUUCUGCCUUGACACGGCUUGCGUGAUGAUAUUCACGGCCGAAUAUCUCCUUCGGCUGUUCGCGGCGCCGGAUCGCUGCAAGUUCGUCCGAUCCGUGAUGUCGAUCAUCGAUGUGGUCGCUAUCCUUCCGUACUACAUCGGGCUGGGGAUCACGGAUAACGACGACGUGUCGGGCGCGUUCGUCACCCUGAGAGUGUUCAGAGUGUUCCGUAUCUUCAAGUUCUCGCGGCACUCUCAGGGGCUGAGGAUCCUCGGCUACACGCUCAAGUCGUGCGCCAGUGAGCUGGGAUUCCUCGUGUUCUCGCUGGCGAUGGCGAUCAUCAUCUUCGCGACCGUCAUGUUCUACGCGGAGAAGAACGAACAGGACACCAACUUCACAUCCAUUCCCGCCGCCUUCUGGUACACCAUCGUGACGAUGACCACUCUCGGUUACGGAGACAUGGUGCCGGGCACGAUAGCCGGCAAGAUCGUGGGCGGCGUCUGCUCGCUGUCCGGAGUGCUGGUCAUCGCGCUGCCCGUGCCAGUCAUCGUGUCCAACUUCUCCCGGAUCUACCACCAGAACCAGAGGGCUGAUAAGAGGAAGGCUCAGAGGAAAGCUCGUCUUGCCCGCAUCCGUAUCGCCAAGGCAUCAUCAGGAGCCGCCUUCGUAUCCAAGAAGAAGGCAGCCGAAGCCCGCCUGGCUGCCCAGGAGUCAGGGGUGGAGCUGGACGACGCUGGCCGAGACGAGGACAUCUUCGAGUUGCAGCACCACCAUCUACUGAGGUGUCUGGAGCGCACCACGAUCGGGCCAAGCGACUUGCCGGCCUCGCACCUGUCUCGAUUGCAGGAAGACUCGGACUCCUCCCAAGACAAAGACCGGGAGUUCGUGGAGAUGGAGAACCCCUUCAACGGGGCGGCAAAGCGGCCGGGGUCCCCCUCCCCUCUCGCGUCGCCCGCGCACUCCGGGCGCGCGCCCGCUCUACUGGCGUGCUGCGCGCGCUGCGGCUGCUGCCCGCAGAAGUAUCAGGUCCUGCUUUUAGACUCGAGUAGAAAAAGUCGGCUGAAAGGCGCUCGCCGAUACACCGCCACCUCGCGGCCUUCUGACACGUCUGUUUCGGCCGCACCAAGCGAAGACCCCCUACCACAAGCAUGCGGCAAAUACAUUCCGGCUGGCAGCACGGUUCAGGGGAACCAGACUGGUGUUGCCAUGGAUGGGACUUAUUUAGUGGAAGCAUCUUUCUAGGGCCCGUCCACUAGUACUCAUAUGGAGAGUUACGUGUAACGCGGGCCUGGGCCUACCUGAGGCCUCCCAGGCCUCGGCGCAGCCACCGCUAGGCUCGCAGGCCAGGCCCCGCUCGCCGGGCCUCCUUGCCUGGCCCCUCACACGGCAGUGGUACGCCACAGGACUCAAAAGCCAAAUCAAAGGCUGUUAUGAUUCGUCACCAAUUACUAGGUUAAUCGUUAAUCUGUCUUUUAAGUCUAACAUGAUACUGCCUACUGAUAUCUGAUUUGUAAAGAGGUAUUGGAUGGAAACGUUCGAAUGGAAACACUCAUAUAAACACCAUAGAUUGAACAUGCAAUGGUCUAGUCUAGAAUAAUGAAACGAUUUCACCAGAAACAGAAAAGCUUGAAAUUAGUAAUUCUUAUUUUCGCAUUGAACAGCGUAAAUAAUGUGGCAGUGAAAUUUAAAAUGACAGAUAAAAGAUGGUCAGUAUUAUUCUUCGCACUACAAGGACUUGUUAAUGUAUAUUUACAUAUGUAUAUAAUAGUAUAAUUUUGUGAAGUGUUUCUAUUCGAAUAUACAUUCUUUCAUUGUCCUCUCCAUGGAGAUUUCUUUCUUAGAAAUAAAGUGAAGACAAUGUAUUUAAGAUUUUAAUAUUAAUGACGGAUUUAACGAAUCUCGCUUCUAUUUUAACAACGAGAUGUCGGGAAUGACGAUGUGUUUUAUGAAAAGACAAAUAGUUUCAAUCUUCAAUAUAGUCAAUAGUUAUUACAAUCAUAUCAUAUUAGGCAGAUAUAUUAAAUAGUAAAUUUUCCUCGUAUAUUCAAUUUAAAAAUGUUUCGUUUGGGAUAAAAAUUCCUACAGUUGUUGAAAUUUCAUUUGAAGUUGAUUUUUCAAUCCCACUAGGACUCUAGUGCCUUCAAAUUAUUUCAAUGUAAUCAUAAUGUUAUGAAAUUGUUACUCUAUGUUAGUGAAACAUAGAAGUAGAAUUAUCUAUGUGAAUUAUAGUGACAUGACGUGUCACAGUGAUGUGUUGCGGUCUCGCAACUAGGUUCAUGAUACUUCGUGGCAUCCAGUGUGGAUGUAUACAGAAAUUAGUAGAAUUGACCCCUCGUUCGUAUAGUAUAGCUAUGGACAUCUUAUGAAUGCAAUAGAUCGACAAUGUUGAAUAGAUAGAACUUUAUGUGGUUUAACUAGACUAAUUUAAUACGUUAUAAUUAUAUUAAUAAAAUGAGAUGUAUAAUUACUUAAUGUGGGUGUAUUACUGCAUUGAAUGCAUGAUUUUUCGCGAUGGUAAUAAAAUAAUAGUUUUAUUUGUAUGUAGUUGUUAUAAAACCGAAUUCGAUGUUCUCUUCCAAAUUUUGCCACAAUUUCUAUUAAAGGUUAACGUAUUCAAUAAAUUUGGUAAUAAUAUUUAAAAAUAAAUAUUUAAGAGUCGAGUUUAAAUAUUAAAUCUAAUAAUUAUAUAUUUCUGAAUACCUUUCCGUCAAGUAUUUUAGGUUUUCUUUUGUCUACCUUUAUCAAACUGAUUGUAUGUAUGUAAUUAUUUAUAGAAAUAUCAGUACCCCUGUGAUUAUUAAGGCUGUUAAUCCUGUUAUAAGUUUUUUAUACGCAUAUGCGUACCUAUUCCAGAUAUAUUUUUUUAAGAAAAUCAAAAUAAUAUCCUCUAUUCUUUGACGAAAAUCUUACUUACUCAAGUCUCGUACCCAAGGUUGGGUAAAAUAAUAAUUGAAAUAUACAGGUUAAGUUCCUAUUAUAUUAAAUUUAUGGAUUUAUUGUUGGAUAUAAGUCAAAAUAAUAAUAUUAUCAUUACUUAUUUAAUUUUUACUUUAUCUACAGACGUGUAUGCGUAUAUAAAACUUAUAUUUUACUAUAAAUAGGUCUAUUUAAAGAAGCAGUAUGUUGGAAGAGAUAAUAAUAUGAGAUAUUGAUGCAACUGUUGUUAAAAACUAUAAAUUAUUUACUAUUAUUUCAAGAAUAUUUAUGUAAAAUCACUUUUCGUAUGUUCAAAUUAUCUUAAAAUGUAUAAAUACUUUUUACGAUCAAGUUGUUUAUUACAUUAUAUUUAUGUAUAAAUUUAUUAUGUUGUGUCAUUUAAGUCUAAAUUAAUUAUGUAUAUUUUGUUGUAUACAUGAGAUUAACAACAGUUGUUUAUAUUGGGUAUAUAAAUAAAUACCUAUUUUAACAGAGAUUAUAUUGUCUUUACUGCGUACCGCUAUAUUAUACGUAAAUAGGCCUAAAUAUGUUGUGUUUUGUUUCAAUGUUAUUAAUUUAUUAUUAUAUAUUUUCUAUGAACUCUAAUCUUCAUUGUUGUAAGCUCUAUAGUUUAACAUAUUAUUUUUGUGGCACUUUUAUCUAAAAAUAUACGUCCUUUCAAUUUUAAUCAAAGGAUAAUAAUAUUAUUAUUAUAGUAGUAUCAUUUUUAACUUUCAAACUAGAGACUGGUGCCACAAAAUUGAUUAGAUACCAAUUUUAUUAUAGGAAUGCGUUCAUCUAAAUUAUUGUUGUCCUUUUCAUACUUUAUGGAUUAGAAAAGGAUGACUUUUAAAUUUGAAAAUAGAGAUGUGUAUUUGGGAAUUUGGUGAAGUUGUUUUAAUCUAUGUAUAAUUAUGGUAUCAGUGACAAAAAUAUUUUUUGUUGUCUAAAGACUGUAUCAUUUUAAUUAAUGUAAUGUCUAUAUUUAUUGGAGAUGAAACAUGUUGUGAAUCAAGUGUAUGCUGGACCAAUGUGGGUUGCGAGUGUGUAGUCUGUGGUAAUAGAGGUGGGUGAUUGUAUCGAUAACAUUCGUUUUUAGCUAUCGAUUAUUCGAUUAUUGAAAUUAAAAUGUUGUAAUUUAAGAUCCUUGGUUAUAAACCUUUAGCUUAACGGUUCUUUG